UAGCCGCCGGUCAAUUGUCGUGAAUUGUUUUCCUUUGUUCCCAUAACGAGUUUUUCGCGCGAGAAGAUGUUUUUCCGUUGGUUCAUAAUAUCACUAUUAUUCUUUGGUACCACCGCAGCCCCUAAAACGCCAAUAAAGUUACAAUCGAUGCCGGAAUACGUCAAGUUGUUAGAAGAGUUUAAGAAGUUGCAAAGUGUAAAGACAAAGGAAGAAAUGAAAUCCAUUACGACGUUGGGACUUAUUUCUGGUGCCUUACAAGUGCAGAAGAGCAUGCGUGAAAAUCUAUCGGAUAUGGUGAACAAACUGCUGGACGAAAUCGAUAUGGAUGAUACUAAAAAGUCAAUGCCUAAAAUCGAGAAAAUUGAAAAUAUGCUUCAGCGCGACGAACGAGCCAUUUUAAUUUUAGGCCAUGCCAUGGACUUGGCACGACAAGAAGUGUCCAUUGACGAAUUUCGUAGUGAGGCCAAAAGGAUGAUGCGCGAAUAUAAUGCAGGGAAAAGAAAACCCAUUCAAAAAAGAACUAAUGAAACAGUUCGAGAACGGCUGGAAAAACUGAGAGCAGCAUUGGUCUCCCAUAUGGACAUGAUGGACCGAAUGAUAAAAGAUAAAAGUCAGGCGACGAUUUUUUACCUGGAGGACAAACAUGGAAUAUCGAGAUCUGAGAAAGUGGUUGAAAUGGAAGAAGCCACUACGGAGAAUGCUAUUCCAGAGUUUUCCCCGUUGCCAACUUUUUCAGUAGGUUUCCAGGAGAAUGAUACUUCACUACGGUUAAAGUUGGAUGUUAAACAGGAGCCAAUAGAGGAAAACAUAAUUGAAGAUGUUCGGCGGCAGGAUGUGAGUGUAGAAGAUGAGCCUCGUUUUCCGCCAAAUGGAGCGCCACCGCCUUCUUUUCCGCGAAAUGGCCCACCUCUACCACCUUUGCCGCGAGAUGGCCCACCCCUACCACCUUUGCCGCGAGAUGGCCCACCUCUACCACCUUUUCCAAGAGAUGGUCCACCGCCUCCAGACGAAAGAAACGGUCCGCCACGGGAUGGACCACCUCCUCCAUUUCCACCCCCACCAGAAAUUGACAUAACGAUUGGAUCUUCAGAAGAAGCCGGCCCACCUCCACCUGGAGGACCAAUAGUUGGUUUGAUUGCGAGCCUGAGUGGAGGCGAUGAAGGAUCAGACGUUGGAGCUCUGGUAGGAGCACUCACAGGGGUUGUUAUGAACUUAUUCGGGCCAGGAGGAUUGGAUGUACCAGGGCUGUUGAGUGGAGGAACUGCUUUAUUAGCUGGAUUAUUAUCGGGAGACCGAAAUUUUGGAACUGUUUUAGGCGAAUAUGUCGGUUUAACCGUUGAUGGAUUUUCAGGAGGAGGCGGUGCUAUUAAUAAUGGACGAUUUUUUGGAAACUUUCUUGGAACCUUGAUUGCAGAAUUAAGUGCCGAUCCUGAGGACGACGACUUGCCUCCAAAACCAUCAAUAUUUAUUGAUAAUUUCUUGAGUAGUUUUCAAGCUGCUAAAAGUAAAAUGACCGAUUCAUCAGAUGCAACCUCUUCUCAGGGGCUGUCGAACUCAUUUAGCUUUAUAACCCAUAUUGUGAGGGCAAUUGUCGGUGGGGUAACAAGUUUCAUAUUGAAUGCAUCAUUGGGUUCGUCAGGAGGAUCAAGUGCGCAGGUUUUGGAUGGAUCGUCUGCGCCAGCAUCACCAAAGAACGGCAAAUGGGGAUAAAGUUUUAUGCUAGUGCUGAUAAGAAGAAAAUUGUGUUCUGUUAAUAGACAUGGUGGAUACGUGACUUGGCUAGAUUUGUAGAAAUUAUCUGAUAUCCACAUAAUAUGUUUGUGCCUGCCUAGUAUCGUACUUUCAGAUGUUAGACCCUAGUCGUAAGAUAAGAUUACUAAGAAACUAUAUUUUUUAUUUUAUUGAAAUACACAUUAAUUCGUACUUAACAUUUUUUUCGUGA